AUGACAAUACCCAAUGUGGUAGCAAACGGAACUGUUAAAAAAGUUAAAAGAAGAAGAAAACCAAUUAAAUCAUGUACGUUUUGUCGUCAAAGAAAAUUAAAGUGUGAUCAGAGGAAACCUGUUUGUUCUUCAUGUAAAUCAAGAAAUUUGUACGACUGCACUUAUCCUGCAAUAAGUUCGUUUACACCAGAAAAAAUCGCAAAUUGUAUUGAAAUUAUUAACCCUUCAAAUAAUGCUGAUGAAAACAAUAAUAAUAUAUCAUCUUUACCAUCAAGCUCCAUGAAUACUAAUGAAUUACUAUCAAAGGUUCAAUUUUUGGAACAACAAAUUUUUGAAAUGAAACAUAAUUCUAUUGAUAAUCAAAUUCUCAAAACAGAUGUAUCUUCCCCUGUAAUGCCAAAUGAACAAAUAAGAAAUGAAAAUCAGUCUCCAAAUUUAACUAUAAAUAACAACAAUGAUAGUACCCAUAAUAUCAAUUAUAGCAAUAAUGAAAAUAUAUUCCAAAAUUUUGACCAACAUUUGCCUAAUCCAUUAAAUGAUUAUUAUUUUUUACAAUGUAAAACAUCUGGAAGGAGAAUUGUCUAUGGUCCAACAUCUAUGAGAACAAGUUUACAUAAACAUUGGUCAGGAUUUGCUCACAAAUUUAAUCAAUUAUGGGUCAAAAUAAAGUUUGAAAGAAAUAAAUGGAAAAAAUCACGUAACAUUUCAAAUUUGAAUGAAUUAAAAUACAUUGAACAACAAAACGAUACCCAAUUCAGUUCUUUAUUAGAAAGAUUAUGUCAUGAUCUACCCCCUUACAAUAAAUGUCUUGAAAUUAUAAAGAAUUUUUUUGAUCCAUCAUAUGACCAUUUACGUUUAGUCAAUUCAACUUUAGAUAGAUACAAAGUGGUUAACGAUUUUUAUACAUAUUUUGUUCCUGAUUCAGAGAAUCUUCUACCGAAUGGAGAUAAGCCAAUCAAAAAUUUACUUGCAGGUAGCAAGAAAAAUUAUUACAAAGUCGCUGUCAUUAUUCAAAUCAUAACAUUACAAUAUUUUUACCAAUCUUGUCCUGAAUCAAUAGAUAUAUUUUCUUUAUAUCUACUUGGACAAGUGUCACCGAAAGUAUUUUUCAUUGAAAGAUUACAAUUCAUGUUAUUACGUUGUUAUUAUCUAAAGACAUAUGUAUCCGAUUGUGACAGUUCAAAUGCCAUCAAUAUUAUUAGCAAUAUGGUUUCUACUGCCAUAACAAUGGGGCUAGAUAGAGAUAUCAACACAAUUUAUAAGGACCAAGAACAUGUACUAGGGAACCUUAAAUCCAUACAUAAUCUGUGGAAAAUGAUCGUUUUCUUGGACCUUGAAUGCUCGUUCCAAGUUGGCAAACCAUUGCUACUUCAUGAAAUCGAUCUAGAUUAUCUAGAUUACAAUGAUAUAUUAUGUGAAGAUCCUCAUUCAACUAGAAUAAUGAGAAUGACAAAGAUGGGGAGGCAAAUAUUAAAGUGUCUGAAUUCUAAAAAAGGCACACCGAAAUUUCAAGCUUUAGUGGAACAUAUUAUAAACUUCAUGGAAAAAGAAUUACCUCCUAUAUCGUUUUUUGUGAAUGCUGAAAAACUAGCAGAGGUCAGUUUUAGUGAUAUGAGAGUGGCAAGCUUUUGUUUAGAGUUGAUAUUAUGUUUAAAUUCUUUAAACUCCGCUCUUAAAAAAAGUGUAAACAUCGAACUUAGAGAUAAAGCUAUUCACAUGUCUUUGAUAGCUUUUCACAUGUUAGAAGCUGUAACAAAUAGAUGCUUUCAACUAGAUAAAGAGCGAUUCUCAGAAAUGUUAACACAUGUUUCAUGGAAUCUGACCCCAUAUUUCUCACAAGCUAUUUGGUUUGCUACCGGAUUAUUACCUAGAGCGUCAACCAUUUUCUGUUCUAUUCUUUACUAUAGAUUAACCGUCUUUACAAAUAAUGAUUUCUUAUUCUACAAUCAAAAGCAUACCACUUGGAAUCCCAAUACUCUAAGAAUUGGAAACACAGGAAUACCGGUACUGGAUGCUUUCGAUAUAUAUAGUAAACUCAUUGACAAAUGGCUAUACCCAAAUAAUCCAUUAAAAAAGCAAAUAAUGGAUAAUUCGUAUUUUUUUAUGGUGACUAAUACUUUACAAUUAACAUUUAGAAAAGUAUUAAUAAAAUGUAUGGAGUAUAGAAAAAUUACUGAAGUUACUUGGAUUUCUCAAUUAAACAAUUCAAUUCAAUCCAAUCCAGACACUUGUUUAAAUGAUUCUAAAACAAAAAAUCUGCAGGAGAUGCUAGAUGAAAACCUAAUAAAAAAUGAAUCUACUGCAAAAGGUGUAUGCCCGAUUUCCAUGAUCAUGAAUUCUCAACAAAUUCAAAUGAAGACUGACGAAAAUAAUUGUCCUAAAAACCAAGAAUUUUACGGGUCAAUAGACAAUCAUACAGACUUCCCAAAAAAAGAUCCAAGAAGGAUACGUAACGACUUUACUACAUAUUCAGGUCCAGUAUCACCCAAUUACAGCGAUGAUGGGAAAAGCAUAACAAAAAAUAUUGAAAACGAAAGUAAAAAAUUGAUUGAUGAAAAAGAAUCUGCUAUGUUACAACAGAUAACUGAUGAGUUUUGGUCAAAUUACAACACAGGUUGGGAAGAAUUAUUGAAACAAACAGAUGUUCACGAAUUAUUUGACCAUUAUCUCUAA